AUGGAUGUGGAUGUAACUGGGGAAUGGAUAUUUAAAAUCCAAACUCACUGCAUCAAAUCAAGUUACAUUUUGAAAUUUUGAAAUAGAUUGGUUAUAUGGACAAUCCAACCUUGAGCAAUCCUAAUCAAGACUUCGUCCAACUUUAUUCCCAUAAAAAAACAAAAUUCUCAAUUCAUUCAUAAACAAAAAAACCGCACUUCAAUUACCCAAAUGACAAUUCAAGUUCAAGUAGCCAAACUCCUACACCAACCUCUAAAACCAAAUCCAAAAAAAUUUCCCGUAACCCUCUUCUUCUCCACUUCUUCAUCUGAACAAGAAACUCUCAUAACCACCGCUGUCUCCAUCCUCACAAACCACCGUUCGAAAUCCCGUUGGAACACACUCCACACCCUCUACCCAAACACCCUCCCCUCCACCGAUUUCUCCCAAAUUACACUCCACCUCAAAAACAAACCCCACCUCGCUCUUCACUUUUAUCAAUGGACACAAUCCAAAUCCCUCUGUCACCACAACCUCUCCUCUUACUCCACCAUCAUCCACAUCCUCGCACGUGCCCGUCUCCACUCACACGCUUACAACGCCAUCAAAACCGCCCUUAUCAACGACGAUUCAUCUUCCACGCCUUUGAAGUUAUUCGAGAUUCUUGUUAAUUCUUAUCGUGAUUGUGGGUCUGCUCCGUUUGUGUUUGAUUUAUUGAUCGAGGUGUGUUUGGAGUCUAGAAAAAUUGAAUCUUCAAUUGAGAUUAGUAGAAUGUUGUUAUCUCGUGGGAUUAGUCCUAAAGUUGCUACAUUGAAUAAUUUGAUUUCUAGGGUUUGUAGAAAAUUUGGGGUGGAUGUUGGGUUUGAGAUUUAUCGUGAGUUUUUUCGGUUGGAUAAGGAAAAAAAUGAAAUUUCGAAAAGGGGUUAUGGGUUUAGAGGUUUUAGAGUUGUUAAACCUAAUGUACAUAGUUUUAAUACAUUGAUGUUAUGUUGUUAUCAAAGUGGCUUGGUUGAGAAAGUUGAGGAAAUUUGGAAUGAAAUGAGUGAAAUGGGUUGUGAUCCUAAUGCUUACAGUUAUAGUUUACUGAUUGCUGCGUUUUGUGAUGGAGGGAGAAUGGAAGAUUGUGAGAAGAUGUGGGAAAAAAUGAGGAAGAAAGAAAUUGAGGCUGAUGUGGUUAGUUAUAAUACUAUAAUUGGUGGGUUUUGUAAGAUUGGUGAUGUUGGAAGAGCUGAAGAGUUUUAUAGAGAAAUGGGAUUGGUUGGUAUUGAUGCAACUGUUUCAACUUAUGAGCAUCUUGUUAAGGGGUAUUGUGGUAUUGAGGAUGUUGAAUCAGCUGUUCUUGUUUACAAGGAUAUGCUUAGGAAGGAUUUCAGACCUGAUGCGUCGACGCUUGAUAUGGUGGUUAGGUUACUUUGUGAUAAGGGUAGGGUUGAGGAAGCUAUGAAGUUUUUGAGGAGUGGAGUUGGUAAGUUUGAUUUGGUUCCAAAGGAGAAGAGCUAUGAGGCCUUGAUUAAGGGGUUUUGUUUUGAGGGGAGGAUGGAUGAGGCAUUGAAGCUUCAGGCAGAGAUGGUAGGAAAAGGGUUUCAAUUGAAUUCGGAAAUAUAUGAAGUUUUUAUUGAUGGGUAUGUUAGACAAGGGAGUGAGGAAAUGGCAGAAGCUUUGAGGAAAGAAAUGCUGCAAACUCAGAUGCAUAGCUAAUACAAUGAUGAUUUCUUUUUGCCAUCUUAUGGUGAAAAUAAUUGACAUUACUGAAAAUUCUGAAAACUAUACACAUCUGUUUUUUUCCUCGGACUCUAUUCAGAAUAGCAGAUUGAACAUGAGUCUGGUAUGCUUUUUAUCAUACUCUGCUCUUGGUGUACUUGAUGCAGUUAAUUGCUUGUGCUAUAUAACAUUGCUGAAAAUGCGGGUUAAGUUGUUAUCACUGCAACUAUCUCAUGCUGGCAGCAGACUGAGUUCCAUGAAUUUUUAUGCAGAGUUCUGGUUGAAUUAUUAUUGGACCUGCUGAGAUUGUUUGCAACUAUCUCAUGGAGAAUUUAAAAGAUGAGGAAUAGGAAGUUGUGGUAAGGUGUGUAAGAAACUACAGACCAGAUUGUACGGUGUGCGAGAACCAGUAUAUGCAGUCUUGGCUGUAUGUAAAUUCUGUGCAGACAACUAAUGCGACCAGAGCAGGUUCAGCAGCAAACUUCUGCUGCUGUCAUGGUUCCUUGGGAACCUCCAAGUUAAGGCUAUGUCAAAUGCAACAUGGAUGCGGCACUAUUUAAGGAAUAUAACUGUGUAGGGGCUGGUUUCCGCGUCUAAGAUGAGACUAUGCAGGCACAUUUGUAGUGACACAAUCAGACUGUUGUGAAGCGGACUUUGUCAGAUCCAAAGAAAUCAACCACCACAUCUCAGCUGUAACUUCUUCUGAGAUCGAGGUGGCGGCUGAUUUAUCUUCAUCCAAGGCUGCUGCUGUUGAUAUGUUCUGCAACAACAGCAGCGGUACGAAAGAGAAAUUGCCUUGGCUGAGAUUGAAAACAGUCGCAAAGUGUUAAUUAAAAAGCUCAAGGAGUAUAAAGGAAAAGAUUUGGAAGUGAUACAUGAAGCUUCCACUUUUGCCA